AUGCCGUACCGCAGGCGCUUCUCCGCGAAAAUGCCGGAUUUCGAUGACGAAGUGACUGUUGUCGAUGUGUACGAUUUAGCGUCUGAUAUAGGAAAGGAAUGUGAAAUAAUUAUCGAGAAAUACGGCCCUGAAGCCGUAACAGCCCUACUGCCGAAGGUGAUAAAUGCGCUUGAAUUAUUAGAAAAUUUGGCUGUGCGAAACGAAAAAGAAAAUCAAGCAUUGCAAGAGCUAACUGCAAAAAUAUCACAAUUGGAGAAUGACAAGAUCGAGAAAGCAGAAUAUAGGCAACGAUUUGAAAAGGAAAUAGAAGCUAUCGAAGAACAAUGGAGGACAGAAUCGGCUGAGCUGGUAACGGCUGUCGGACGUCUUCAAGACGAAAACAAACGUUUAAGGCGAACUAUAAAUUCGCCUGCGGACGGUACAAGUGCUCCACCAUCACCGGCCAGAGAGCAUGACCAAGAGGUGCUAUCACGACUUAGCAGUACUGCUGAAAAACAGAGAGCCACUCUCCGUCACCAGGAGCUGCAGUUACAGGAGAAGCAGCAGCUCAUCGACAGUGUAAGUUUUGUUAUAAGUAAUAAGCAAUACCAUAUAACAGCU